GCGCUGUGAAGGAGGAUAGGUUGGGCAGCAUUUCCACUGUGACAGGCCACACCUUCGUUUUCAUUUGGCUCCAGCUCCUCUCCUUCUCCUUCUCUUUCACCAUCAUGCAUUUCUCUGGAAAAUAUGAGCUGGAGAGUCAGGAAAAUUACGAGGCGUUUCUGGAAGCAAUAGGACUUCUCCACGCCAAGACAGACCACAAAGUGAUAACAGAGGUGGUUCAGGAUGGGAACGACUUCACCUGGACACAGACCAUUCCCAACUGGACCUGGUCCAAUAAGUUUACCGUGGGCCGGGAAUGUGAGCUGACGACAAUGACAGGCUCAGCCUUCACGGCGCUCGUCAGAGAAGACGGUGGCAAAAUUUCAAUCCAGUUCCCUCAGUAUCUGUUCACGGCAGAGAUGACAGACGAUAAACUAGUAAUGGUUUGCGAAACUUCAGGAGAGAAGGGUGUGACAUUCAAAAGAGUGAACAGGAGGAUCUAGUGCUGCAAGACCCAACAUGCUGCGGUGGGAAGGAGGACACGAUGAAAGCGCUCGCUCCACCUCCUCCGAGUGAGAAGCGAUGACCCCCCGUCUCCCGAGGAGCAAGUGAUGCUUUCUGAUUCUACCCGAGGGUUCUUCCCUGUGACGACCAAGUGUGAAGCAAGAGGAAAAGGAAAGAAACAUGCUGCUUAGUUUGGCAAUUAAUACAGACACUACUGUGUAAGAAUACAGGUUUAAACAUAUGUCCACUCAGUCAUAAAUGUGACUAAUAUGUGUUGAAAAUGCCCGAGGUUCUGAUAGUUUCAGACAUGCUUUCAUCAUUGUUGUGUUUUUGGGGAUUUUAAUAAAGAGAAAUCAGAAAAAAAGA